AUGAUUUGGUCCAAUAUUGAUGGCCCCCAGACCUGGGUUAUGGUCGUCGCUGUUUUCUGGAAUAAUGCCCACUGGGGAAAAUCCUCUCCGUGGGUAAACCCAAUCGUUGAGAAUCGAGUGACAUGGAAGAAGGCUAAUAGAUCCUUAGAGCUAUGGCGUGUUUCUAGCCUAUCUUACUUCGCAUUCGACAUUUGCGGGGGCAAGAACACUGGAUUACGCUUUCAUUGGGGGUCUUUCAGCGUCACAUGUGCUCGUCAUAUCCCCUCUAGUCACAAUCCUCCAUCACCGUUUUGGCAUCAAGACGACACUCGCCCUCGGAGUCUUUUAGAGACCGCUGAACUGCUAGGUGCAUCCUGGAGCACAGAAAUCUGGCAGCUAUACUUGAGCCAGGGCGUCUGUUUUGGCUGGGGACUGGGAAUGCAGUACCUUUCAACGACCUAUUUGAUCCCCCAAUGCUUUGAAAAGCACCGCAGUCUUGCAGCAGGCAUAUGCACCGCUGGUACCGGGACUUGUGGGAUCAUUUACUCUCUAGCCACGCAUGCUAUGCUAGCGCGAUUUGGCAUUCCAUGGUCUUAUCGUAUCCUGGCAAUUGUUCAGUUGGUAGUCAACGCUAUCUGCGUGCUCGUCAUUCGGGAUAGGAGGCCGCAGGGGGUCAGGGCGUACCAAAUGCCAAAAAUCAACUUCCGACUUUAUCUCCGUUACGAAAUGUGGUUGUUUAUCGGAUGGAGCUUCUUCAGUGUGAUGGGGCUCAUGGUUAUCUGGUUCUCGCCUGCCACUUACGGAAGAAGUGUUGGCCUGACUUCGACGCAAGGUUCUAUUGUCACGGCUGUUAUGAACAUUGGACAGAUGUUUGGACGUCCCACCGUGGGUCUACUGAGUGAUCGAAUUGGACGUACCAAUAUGGCUGCCUUUGCUACUUGCAUUAGCGGCUUGCUUUGCCUUUUGCUAUGA